AAAAAAAAAUAAAACGAUCUAAGUAGCAAAUAAGAAAAUGAUUUUUCAACAUAAGCACAAAGCAAAUAAGAAAUCAAUUACAAAUAAGAAUUAGUCACAAUGAAGUGAAAUAAUCACAAAUCGACGACGUCAUCGCCAACAUCUUAUAAGAAAAUAUUGUGUAUUAUGUAUUGUGUAGACAUAUGUACGUGCAUUCGCGCAGUGGUUGAAUGGUGGGUACUGAUGACAAUAACAAAAACAAUCACGAAGAAAAAAGUUCAAUACAAAAACGCUUCGGCCAGCAAUUGCAACGAUAUCUCGCCAGAGUUGUAAAAUUUAUUACUGGAAUUUGCUCUUCAGCAAUGAUAGAACAACAAAGCAACGAGCAACGAGCAAUAAGCAACAAAAUAACAACAAACAACAACAUUUAAAGCAAGCCUACAAAAUAAUAAAUACGAGUAAUCAUUAACAUUACUCAUUUGACGCUCGCAAGCAGGUUCGAUUUUUAGUUUAUUGAGAGCAUUCGUUGUAGUAACAGUGGUAACGGGUGUUGUUGGUUAGUAUUUGCCUUGCCAUAGCCACAGCCAUAGUCAUAGCUGUGAUGAUGUGUUGAGUGUAGCACGAGAAGUACUCACUCGUUCGUAUAAGCGGAUCAUCGACAAAGACAAAGCAUAAGAUAACAGCUUGUGUAAGCAAGAAACUGUGGUGUGCUGUGCUGUGCUCAGUUAACCAACCAACCAACUUGUGUGAUAAUUUUUAUUCAAGCACACCAAAAGUACGUACACUUUAUGCAUGUGUACAUUCGAAUGGGUGUCAGUGAUAUGAAUUAUAAUUGAAACUGGUUUUUUUUCUCAAACAUUUUCUGUUGUUGCUCAAAAAAAUUUAAUAAUAAUAAAUCACCAAACGGUUACAAUGCCACCGAAAAAAGAUUUAAACACGUCGAUAAGCGCGGGUGCACAGAAAGAUACCCGCACUAGCAAUAAUAAUGCUUUUGCCAACGAAUUUCAUCAUCGCACCACCACCACAGCAGCAGCUAGUGCGGCAGCAGCAGCAAUUAACGCAGCAGAUCUCGUCGCAGACAGUCGCCAUCAAAUUUACUUGGCCAAUGCUAAACUUUGUCGUUUGGUGCAACGCUGCCCAUGGAUGUAUGAUCGUAGCCACAGCGAUUAUGCGAGAAAGCACAUCCUCGAGAAGUCCUGGGCGAAAAUAGCCAAGGAAUGCAAUGAUACAGUUGCUUCAUGUAAGGAACGCUGGCGUAAUAUACGUGCAGCAUUUGCUCGAUCUGUAAAUAUUUACAAAACGUAUAGUGGUCCGAAUCGGGUAAAGCCUUACUACUUAUAUGAAGAGUUACGCUUUUUAUUGAAACCCAUGACUGAAGGGGGUAUUAAAGGAAGAGUAAUGUUACAUAUAGAGAAUGAAGAGGCGGAUGAUAUUGCACCAAAUGAUGUUGAAGUGGAACUAACAGAGGAUCCAGAAGAUUGUGUAACAUUGUUAUAUGAAGACAAUGACAGUUCAAAUCCCAUGGCCCAGGUUAAAAUUGAUUCAGAUAUGGAAUAUGAUUUAUUAGAAAAUAUUUCAACUGAACAUAUGGGCAUAGACUUACAAGGUAUAACUAAUACUGCUCAACAGAAUAAUAAUCAAGUAGCAGCUAAAAGUAAUGAACGCGUAUUACCAGCCAGAAAGCGUAAACGUUCUAUUGAAGAGCAACUCCAACAUUCCGGUAGCGAAUUGAAAAUGAGUAAAUCAGAUGAUAGUUGGUCAUUACCUGUCGCCGAUAUAGAUGUAAAAUUUCUCGACACCCUACUACCAGAUAUGAAGAUCAUGAAUGCACGUCAAAAAAUUAUAUUUAAACGCAAAAUCUAUCAAUCAUUGGAGGAAGUAUUUGAUGCGAAUUCAGAUUUUCCAAAUAUUAAUUAUGCAACUCGACCAAAUAGUAAUUUUCAGGAGACUUUGAAUAAUAUAAGGAAGUUGAGCGAAACUGAUCUACAGCAAGUAAAUGCCUUCAUUAAAAAUACUUUUCAAACUAAUUUUGACAAUAGAGAUAAUGUAAGACGUGUUGGCAAUGCUACCUCGUUAACGUCAUCAGGGACCUCUUUUGUGCAAAUCGGAAAUUCCAUGCGUAACAUCCAUUUGGGUAGUGUUAUACCAACUACUAUUAAAGAAGAAGCUCAUGAUAAUAUUUAAUUUAAAAUUAAGUCAUUAUGUAGAUAUUUCUAGUUUAUUAUAAAAAUGUUAAAUAUUAGAAUUAGCAAAUAUCACGAUGUACCUAAUUGGUUAUAGUAAUUAAAACCAGUAGUAAUUAUUAGUACUUUAGCCUGGAAGGGCAAACACAGGUUAAGUAGACAUAAUUAAACUGUGCUGAGAGUAGUAGUACUUAACAAAUAUUUCAUAAUCGUAUAAGAUUCUAAAUAUUUUUUUUUUAUACUAAAAGUAAUUAUAUUAGCACAUGAAUAUGUGCAACAAGUCAGGACGUAUGAUUUCCUUCUAUAUUUUAUUUUUUUU